AUGCCAUAUAACAUUGCUAUGGUCAGUGACUUCUUCUUCCCACAAUCAGGGGGGAUUGAGAGUCACAUCUAUCAAUUAUCUUCUAAACUGAUUGAUCGUGGACACAAAGUCAUUAUCAUCACUCAUGCAUACAAAGGCCGCACUGGGGUUCGAUACCUCACCAAUGGCCUUAAGAUCUACCACGUUCCCUUCUUCGUCAUCUACCGCGAAACCACCUUCCCCACCGUCUUCUCGUUCUUUCCCAUAUUCCGCAACAUUGUCAUUCGAGAACAAAUCGAGAUUGUUCAUGGUCAUGCAAGUCUCAGCAGCUUCUGCGGCGAAGCUAUCCUCCACGCCCGCACAAUGGGGUUGCGAACCGUCUUCACCGAUCACUCCCUCUUUGGAUUCGCCGACGCGGCCUCCAUUCUCACCAACAAGCUUCUCAAGUUUACAUUAAGUGAUGUCGAUCAUGCGAUCUGCGUCAGUCAUACGUGCAAGGAGAACACCGUCCUCCGAGCCUCAUUAGAUCCUCUAAUGGUGUCAGUCAUCCCUAAUGCCGUCGUUGCAGAGAACUUCUGUCCGCUCUCAGCUACCCCUCGUGGACCGGAUCAAAUGCCAUUGUCUCCAGCGGAUCCACGGCCGUCGCCAACGCCAAUCGGGCCUGAUGACACCAUCACGAUCGUCGUCAUCUCUCGCCUUUUUUACAACAAGGGCACAGACCUUUUGAUUGCAGCGAUUCCACGAAUUCUUGCUCUAAAUCCCAACACGCGUUUCAUUAUUGCUGGCUCAGGGCCGAAGGCUAUCGACCUCGAACAAAUGCUGGAGCGGAAUGUUCUUCAAGACAAGGUCGAGAUGCUUGGCUCAGUGCGGCACGAGGAGGUCCGGGAUGUAAUGGUUCGAGGACACAUUUACCUACACCCCAGUUUGACGGAGGCAUUCGGAACGGUCAUCGUCGAAGCCGCCAGCUGUGGGUUGUAUGUGGUUUGCACCCGAGUGGGAGGUAUCCCCGAGGUUCUUCCCCAGCAUAUGACCACGUUUGCGAAACCCGAGGAGGAUGAUCUGGUCGUUGCAACUAGCAAGGCAAUCGCUGCGCUACGUUCGAAUAAAGUACGGACUGACCGAUUCCACGACCAAGUGAAGAUGAUGUAUUCAUGGCGGGAUGUUGCCGAACGUACAGAGCGAGUUUACGAAGGCAUUACAGGCGAUAUCAGCCCUGAGGAAUUCUAUGGCUACUACCCAGGCCAAGGAUGGGAAGCCAGCGGAGACCGAGUACGCAGCUUUGCCCUCAUUGAUCGGCUCAAACGAUACUACGGCUGCGGUGUCUGGGCUGGCAAGUUAUUUUGUCUGUGCGUCGUUAUCGACUUUCUCAUUUAUGUAUUCCUUGAGAUGUGGUUUCCUAGGGCCAACAUCGACAUUGCCAGAAGUUGGCCAAGGAAGCAACCAGAGGGAAAGUCCCGCCCGUCAGCGAUUACUCGACGACAUGGAUAA